GGAGCUGGCCUGGGGAGGCUCGCUUUCGAGCUGGCAAAACAAGGAUAUUGCUGCCAGGGCAAUGAGUGGAGUUUGUUCAUGCUAUUCGGGUCCAAUUUCGUGUUGAACAAAUGCCGAGAAGUCAAUGCGUUCACGCUGUAUCCCUGGGUUCAUAGCUGGAUCAACUUGAGGUCGUUUAGUCACCAGAUCGAGGCUGUGACCUUCCCCGACGUGAACCCUGCAGAUCUCCCUGCCAGCGCAAACUUUUCCAUGGCUGCUGGGGACUUUCUCGAUGUCUACACAGAGCCAGAAUCUUGGCACUGUGUUGCCACUGUGUUUUUCAUCGACACAGCUCACAACAUUAUAUCAUACAUAGAAACAAUAUGGAAGAUUCUAAAGCCUGGUGGAUACUGGGUAAAUAUGGGUCCUCUGUUGUACCAUUUUGCAGAAGUGCCAAAUGAGCACUCUAUAGAACUGAGUUACGAGGAAGUCCGGUCUAUUAUCCUUAAGUUUGGUUUCGAGUUUGAGAAAGAGGAGCUGUCUGUCAAGUCCACCUACACUCAGAACGUUCACUCCAUGCUGACCUAUCAGUACAACUCCGUAUUCUUUGUUGUGCGCAAACCCUUGUGAAGAGACAUACGAUGGUGAGGCUGUGUGGAGUUAUCUGCCCCUGGAAUUAUCUCCCCUCUGCAGGGUGAAAGAAAAUAAAAUGUAUUCACGGAUUUGAAGCCUGAAGACAGCCGUCUUACCUCUGUCAACUAAUGAACUAAUGUGGGAGAAAUCUAUUUUGUAGUGAAUCAAGUUUUAUAAAUUGAGUCCGGGCCCAGGGGGGCGGGGCAGGGCAGGGCAGGGUGGUGUGUUGCAGUUUCGGAUAUCCCAGCAUAAGAGAGGAUUUAGGGGCCAAUUACUCAAACCAGUUUUGAAAUGAGUCAAAACUUUAAACCUCCAGUAUGUUUUAACUUAUAAGACCUCCGUGGCCUAGUGGUUAGCAUUCUAGCGCAGCAUAGUCACCCAACACCCGUGCGAUUGCUCAUGUUGGAUUCCUUUCCGGUUGUACGUGGGAAGGUCUGACAGCAACCUGUGGAGGGUGAUGGGCCUCCUUCUGCCAUAAUGCUGGCUGCCGCUGGAAUAUUCUUGAGUACGGCAUAAAACUCACAAUAAAAUGGAAAAAAAAAAAACAACAAAUUUUAACGUAUGGGUUCCAAAAAUAAGUGUAUAAAUCAGAUUUCAAAUUUUGACUUUUGUCCACUCUGGCUUUGUAAAAUAUGCUCCCAGGAGCCUAACCUCUUGAACCCACAAGUGAUUUCCAGAGAAAUUAAAUACAUUUUAUAAAUAAGAUAUACAGCCUGCAUUGCACAAGUAACUGGACAUAUUUAAAAACCAAAAUUAAUUUGCGUGUAAGAUUUUUUUCAUGAAAAGGGCCAUAUCUUUUCGUGAAUGUUCAAUGGUAAGUGUUGGAGAAACUCCACCCUGCCCCACCAUAUGUCUAUGAUACCUGGGAAAUUUUCACCAAAUAUCAACCCAGAUUCCUGUCAGCCAUUUCUAUACCAUUUCCACACACGUGUACAUAACAGUACAAAUGUCGUGGCCAGUGCCUUUCAGGUUAAAGGUCGUAGGUAUGCUACCUCCGGUGUGUGUCACACACACCCACAUGGAAUGGUUAAAGGUCGUAGGUAUGCUACCUCCGGUGUGUGUCACACACACCCACAUGGAAUGUUCUCUUUUACCCAGUGCAGCUCUUAAGAUGUUUCCUUGUGAACACAGUGUUCAGUUGUGUUUAAACGAGGAGUUGAAAAUCAAAUUCCACAUUUUUCUUGUACUGUACAUGUUGAUAUUAGCAGGCCUAGCCAGUAUUAGGGGGAUUGACCCAUUCGUCCUGCAGGAGUUUUAAUGCGAAGUAUAAGCUAGAUAGCUGUUUUCAGAGCGCAUGACUGAGAUAUCUUCUCUGUGGGACAAACAAGUCCACGUUGCUAGGUUAAAGCAUUUUAACCAUCAUCAGUCACACAUUUCAGCAAGCUUUGUGCGUUUUAUGGGAGCCCCGAGACUUUAAAUGGGCUCAAACAUAUUUUCAAGUUGAAAUCAGACAAAAAUACACAUACAAAUUAGGCGUGGGCUGAAUAUUUGGCAUUUGUCCAAGUCUGGAAUGCUGGGGAAAAAAAGCAUGAAUGACCCUUGUUUAUCCCACGUAUGACCCAUUUUUGUCAUGUGCACUGAUGCAUAAACUGAAACUGCCGUUUGGCUUAUUAGGACAACAUGGUAAAUAUUGAAAGAUUGGUCAGUGAAUUGAGUAUAGGGUGAACGCUUAUUACGCUUGAUACUACUGGGUGAAAUUUGGUCAGUGAAUUAAGUAUAGGGUGAACGGUUAUUACGCUUGGUACUACUGGGUGAAAUUUGGUCAGUGAAUUGAGUAUAGGGUGAACACUUGUUACGCUUGAUACUACCCUGUGAAAUGACAGUAGUGACCUAAGUACGUGUGAUGCCGUAUUUUCCCUAGAGUUUGGCAUUUUAAGAUAACACAUUUUGCUUGAU